CGUACUAAAACCUGCUUGACUCAAAAAGAAGGCCGGCAUUUUGGGGAAAUAGAAAUUUAGCUUGAGUCAAAAAACGAAAAACUACAAGCAACCCUUUGCACAAUGACGACAGAAGUUGGUGUUAAGGGAAGAACACACCUGUUUAAAAAUAAGGGCAAAGAUGCUGAGGAAAUGCGAAGGAGAAGAACUGAAGUUACUGUUGAACUAAGAAAGAAUAAACGAGACCAUUAUGUUCUAAAGAGAAGAAAUGUUCCUGCUCAAGACAGCACAGAUUCUGAAGAUACUGAGAAACCCACACACGAUUCCCUGCAAGCUAUAGUGGCAAAUGCUUCAAGUCCAGAACCAACAGUCCAACUAACAGCAGUACAAGCAGCCAGAAAACUUUUGUCCAGUGACCGUAAUCCACCAAUUGAUGACUUGAUUUCGUCAGGAAUCCUACCAACACUUGUUGAUUGUUUAGUAAAAGAUGACAAUCCUUCCCUACAGUUUGAAGCUGCAUGGGCCCUCACCAACAUUGCGUCAGGGAGUUCAGAGCAGACGCAAGCUGUGGUUAAUGCAGGUGCUGUGCCCUACUUCCUUCGGCUCCUCGAAUCACCACACCAAAAUGUCUGUGAACAAGCAGUGUGGGCUCUCGGCAACAUCAUAGGUGAUGGCCCACGAUGUCGAGAUUAUGUGAUACAGCUGGGAGCAGUAAAGCCACUUUUAUCCUUCAUUAACCCCAACAUCCCACUUCCCUUUCUCCGAAAUGUUGCCUGGGUCAUUGUCAACCUGUGUCGUAACAAGGAGCCACCCCCGCCCCUGGAUACCAUUCAGGAAAUCCUGCCUGCUCUCACGCAACUCAUACACCACACGGAUAUCAAUAUCCUUGUGGACACAGUUUGGGCCUUGUCCUACCUGACCGAUGGAGGUAACGAACAGAUACAGAUGGUGAUUGACUCAGAAGUAGUGCCCUUCCUGGUGCCCCUAUUGAGUCACCCUGACGUCAAGGUCCAGACUGCUGCUUUGAGAGCUGUCGGAAACAUUGUUACCGGGACAGAUGAUGAAACGCAGGUCGUUCUAAAUUGUGAUGCUCUCUCACAUUUCCCAGCUCUCCUUACACAUCCCAAAGAAAAGAUCAACAAGGAAUCUGUUUGGUUUUUAUCCAACAUCACUGCAGGCAAUCAGCAACAGGUGCAGGCAGUAAUAGAUGCUGGACUCAUCCCACUUAUCAUUCACCAUCUAGUCAGGGGUGACUUUCAGACUAAGAAAGAAGCUGCCUGGGCGAUAAGUAACCUCACUAUCAGUGGUCGAAAGGAACAGGUGUCAUACGUUGUGGAACAAGGAGUUAUCCCCCCUUUCUGUGACCUGCUCAGUGUGAAAGACACACAGGUUGUGCAAGUGGUGCUGGAUGGAAUCAAUAAUAUCCUGAAAAUGGCUGCCGAUGAGGUCGACUCCAUCUGCCAGUUAAUCGAGGAGUGUGGAGGCUUAGACAAGAUUGAAAGCUUGCAGAAUCACGAAAAUUCUGACAUCUACAGAUUGGCCUAUGAAAUUAUAGAUAACUACUUCUCUGAUGACACGGAAGAAGAUCCGUCUGUGCUUCCAGAAUCCACAACUCAAGGUUUUCAAUUUGACCCCAAUUCAACGGUUCCUUCAGAUGGGUUCAAGUUUUGACAACAGGACAAGGACCACGACGUUGACUUUCUCUCGUGGUACAGUCUAGGCGCUUGUUAGUACACCCUGUGAUUGGGAUUGACAGACUAUUCAAAAUUAGAUAGCCAACUGUCUCCUCCCAGGAAAAAAAUCUUGUGUCCCUUCAUUUCAUAACUCCGCCCCUUGGGCAUCGACAGGAGACCCUACAACACAGGACAAAGUCUACUGUAUAAUGGACAAACACUAACCACAAGGAUAUCUGGUCCUGUUCUUCCAGGAAACACUCUACGGACAACUCCUGGAAGUGAAACCGGGACAGCUCCAGGAAAGAUUCUGGGCCGAUAAUAUCAAAUCACAAACUUCCAAGAAAAGCUCUUUGUGUAGGGCAAGGAAACUCUUGACAGACAAUAUCAAGAAUUCUUUGGGGAAAACUCUUGUUGAAUGUCUCCCUUAAAAAAUUCAUUGAGAAGUGAACAAUAACGGAUGGUUUCACAGGACAUGGUGUUCAGACCGUGCGAGUCCAGCCUCCAAACGAUGACGACUUAAUUUGUUGAGACAGACGAACUGAGGAUCAGGAGGUCAAACUGACUUGAGAAAAUGAACUCUGACCUUGACCUUUCCCUCAACAGCGUCAUGUUUAAUGACUUUUGACACAAAGCUGUAUCCACAGUUAUUGACCCCAAAUUGACCUGUCGACACCAGUGAACUUUGACCUCUGUGACGAAGCAAAGUGGUGUAUAAAUACAGUAUAUAUCUCAAUUGACAAUUAACCCCAAUGGGCAAACCAGGAAAAUUAAGAGCCAUGUUGGCUUUGCUGGAUUUGUGCAUUUCAAAUAAAUUUUGUGUGUGUAUUUUGCUUAAAGUUACACUAUUCAUAUGAAAUAUGGCGUCGCACAAUAACAAUAUAAGUUUGCUGUUGGUAAAGGUGAACCUGCUCAUAUUUAUAUCUGUUUUAUCUUUUUUAACUAAAUAUCGCAGUCACACUUUUCUUUUACUGAAGAAGCUGGCAUAAUUCUGUGUUAUAUUUGUAUUUAGUAAAAUUUGUUACCUUCGAAAUACCAAGACUUCAUGUGCUAGGUUUAUAGAUAUAGUGUAAAAACAGCAUUUUUCCCCCUCAUUCCAGUAUUUUUUUAUUUUAUUUUUUUUUUUUUUUUUUUUUGAGAAAUUGCUGUGAAUAAAUAGAAAUUAUUUUAAAAUGUUUUGUACCGCAUAAGUUUGAUUAUAAUUCAUUUUUAUAGAUGAUGCCUGACUAGAGGUCUCUUCAUGUAACUUUCAAAGUAUAAUAACUCAUUUAUGCAAACAUUUCCAAUAUACAACAUCUGUGUAAAUUGACAAAAAAUUGCAUAUAAGGAUGUUUAGAAACCUCAGGGCUUUAUGCAAAAUGUAUAAUCUGGACAAAAUUCUAUAUUUUGUGUUUUUGUGUAUACUAAAUCAUCUCUUAAAAUGUGGUCAGUAAAAUAAUAACAGGUGUUUUAAACUUGUUUCAAAUAUUUUUAUAAUGAACAAGGAUCUAUUUUAUCAUUUGGUGACAAAAUAAACACUUGUAAUUUCUUUUAAUCUCUCUUAAAUCCAUCAGACAUUUUAUUAAGACUUACUGAUGAAAGCAUGUCUGACAAAUUGGUUUACAAAAACUGAAGGAUAAAAUUCCUUUGAUAAUUAUAAAAAAAAUCUGUAGUAGAAGUUUUGGCUUUAUGAUUCAAAUGAAAUCCAGUGUCUAUAUGGAAUAAUGGAUAAAAUACAUACUGGGGUUUAGAUUGUCUUGAAAACAAUAUUUGAAAGGAUUUCUUUGACGGUCACUCAAAUUUUCAAACAUCGAUCAAGGGUUUAGUAUCUAAAUUGGCAUACAAAUGAUUAACAGUUGUAAACUGGCCUCUAUAGCAGCUGGAAUAGCGUUUAGUCAAUUUGACAGCUUGUCAAAGCCUUAAGCUUCCACUCUUCACAGCUUCAGUAUGUUUUUUUUACGAUAUUUGAAUAAAUUUGAAAUGGUUUCUAUUACUAUCUUUGUGUGACAGAAGAAAAGAUUAUUAUGGGAUGUUGAUCAACAAAACAAACAGCUGUAAAUGAUAGCCGUAUAAACUGUUUAUAUUGAGAGCGAGUAUGAAGAAGUGUAAAAUGGUUUUAUAAUUGUGUGUAAGCUUGCUAUUCUGAUUGAAAAAUUAAAACAGAAAAGAUAGAUUUGAUUCAGUAGACAUGAUAAUCUAAGGAUUAUUGGAAUAUUUUUCUAAAGAGAAGAAAUCAAAUUCUUUGUUUUACCUUUUUAAGAAUGUACUAGAAGAAAUGACCGGACAAUAGAUACAGUGUAAAUGUGAUGAAAAUGAGUAUGUGUUAUGAAAAUGGGAAAUAUUCAUAUGCUAUAUAUUCAUGCUACUGGUAAUUCUAUUUUCUGUCAUAUUUUGUAUGACUUUUUGAUUGAGGAGGUUGGGGUGGGGAAGGUGUAGUAAGGAUUGAUAGCACUUCUGCAGGAAGAAACACCUUGUAAAUAAUAGAAAAGUGAAAGUAAUUUUUUCAGCUGAAAAAUGAAUAUUCUAAUGCCGAUUAUAAAUACCUGAUAAAUAUGUUUCAAAUCCAGUGUAUUUCGGCGAGAUGUGAUUUAGAGUUGAAAAGCAUGUGUACUCCGUCUUGUUUGCAAGUGUUGCCAUUAAAGUCGGAUGAUUUACUCUUUAUGAUGAUGAAUGAAUUAUGUGAAUUCAUUUCAAAACCACUGUAUGGUGUUUCGUGAAAGUGCCAGUGGUUUUACGUAAUGUUUUUAUGCUACUUCAGAAGUAGGUUUAAUGUAAUUUUUUUUACUACAGUAAUUUAUUGUUUAUUGAAACUAUGUAUUUGUGAUAUAUAUUUCAGCAAGAGUGCCAAGGCCUGAAAUCGGUUUUACUUACCAUUUUAGUGAAACUAUGUGAGUUUCACUUAACAAAGAACAUGAUAUUCAAUUUUUGUGAAUGUAAUCUUAAACCUUCCAAGAAAAAGAAGUGUUCCAUAUAUAUAGAACACCCCUUUAUUACUGAUCUGAGACUUGUGUAUAAAGAAAUCAUGAGUGAGGAUUCUGUAUUUAUUUUAGGAUGGCAAAAGGUAAAUGCUGUCUGACCAAUGUGCAGCAUAUGUUUGCUGUAUGUGGACUGAUUUUGCUGCUAGAAAUGAUAGCUUGAUAUAGAAAUGCUCAUUGUAUGGAGAUAUGUGGCCCCGUGGUCUUUUGUACGGAUGGCCCCAAAUGAACGUGUUGUUUAUUUUUCGUUAGUUGCUCUCCAUGGUGUUUUAUGACAAAUAAAUAUGCAGCGAAUCUUCAAGGAUUUGAUCUUAAUAGAGAGAUGCAAGCCUCUCAUAUUACUAUUGUAUGGUUUUCUUGGAUUUGUCCAGGUUGCCAUGGAAAUGAUGUGUAAAAGUAUUGCUAUUUGAGCAACUUUUAAUACACAUGUCUUGAUAGAAAUGUUGGCUGUUGACCAACACUAGACGCAUUGCCAUGCAUGUGUGCAAUACAUUAAGGUGUUUUUGUGAUAAUGGUUUUAUAGUAUUGGUGAUGAUUGUGUAUUAUAUUGUGGUGAGAUGGUAACUGUGUGGAUUAUAUAAUGAGAUUGCUAUUGUGUGUAUGAUGAGAUGGCCACUGUAUGUAUGGUAUGAGUUACGACAUAGCAGGUGAGUGUACAGAUUUGAAAGUUCGGAAUGAUAGAUCGCUGAUGUGUGUGCCAUGGGUAACAACUGAUGUGUGUGCCAUGGGUAACAACUGAUGUGUGUGCUAUGGGUAAUAGCUGAUAUGUGUGCCAUGGGUAACAACUGAUGUGUGUGCCAUGGGUUAAAGCUGAUGUGUGUGCCAUAGGUAAUAGCUGAUGUGUGUGCCACGAAUGAUUGAUAGCUGAUGUGUGCCAUUUUGCUGAAUGAAUAUCCAGUAUACCAGUGUGUUGUGCGAGAAUGAAUGUGGCUUUACAGCGACAACAUUAAUAUUGACAACUAAUUUGCAUAUAUAUCCAGUAGUAGUGAAUUUUAGAUUUUAGCUUGGAAUGCCGAUUAUUACAAUGCUGAUGUAUAUAACACGUUCAUUUGAAGCAAAAAUUAGCCAAGUGCUCAAGUGACAGUGUAAAGUGUGAACUACAGAAUCUUCCAUAUGUUUUUGUAUUUCAUUGUGAGAUUGUAUAUUACAAUUUUCAAGCAAUAUGUUCUUCUGCUGUGGAGAAAAUCUGAUAUCUUGUGCACAUUGGCAUACCAAUUUGCUCCCAUUUUCAAACCUGUCACAAACUUGGAUAUUAAAGUAAAUCAUUCCUACUUUUUUAAUGCAAGCUGAAAGCACUGUCUCCAAUAACAGCAUUCACAAUAUUUGCUGGGACAUAUUCACCUUUGCUAUAAGUGUGUAUCCUUCUAGUCUGUUAAUUGCCGGUUUCUUAAUUGCCGGUUUGAAUUUUCCUGUUUGGGUUAAUCAGUCUGUCUUGUUGUAAAGACAUUUUAUAUUCCGGGCAUUUCAUGUAAAUUUGUUAUGCAGUGUCAUAAGAAGGAUCCUGACAUUUCUUCGCCUGUUCAACAUUCUAUUAUAGUAAGAGCGUGAUUCCAGUCACGUGUGCGUUUGACAUGGAUAUACAUAUUACUGUACUAUAUAAUAGGCCUGACCUACUGACCAAAGAAGUGCUGGACAAGACCUUUUACGGACCUAUGACAUUCAUUUUUACAUUAACUACACGACCAGAUUCAAGACAAUUGUGUAAGCUAGCACUGUCUAGAAUCGGUUGGUAAUUGGCAAAUGUAGUUGCCUGCUUCCUCUACAGAGUUUGAUGUAGGUGAGUCUUGGGAAUUUAAUUGCUUGUAUUCUAUACAUUAAAUCCUGUCAUGUACAGUAUUUACGAGUUACUUCUGAAGGUCAUUUGAUAACCCUACUACUGUAAUAUUAAGAAAAAAUUGAAAAUAUUAUUUUGACCCUGUGAGGUGUUGAUUAAUAUGCAGAGUAAACUUAAAAAAUGAACUUUUAAACACACUCAAUAAAUAUGAUUGUGUUCAUAAAAGUCAUGAGUUCUUGUCUAUGAUUCAAGAUAUACUGUUAAUAUGUCUGGUUUUCAUUCAUGAUGAUACUAAUCGCAUCACAUGAUUAUGAAGCAUUUAUCAAAAUAGCUCAAGUAGGCAUUUAUUAUCAUUAUAGCAUGAAUUUUUGAACAUUUUUUUUCCCAAAGGAAAGUAUUGGUUUUAGUUAAAACCGUUAUUAAGUAUCCAGUUGUAUGUUCAAACUUGCUUGGUCAUAUCCUCUCGGGAGCGUGGGAGCGUGUUUGUUCCGUGCUUAUGUCACCUGUACAGUUAAUAAUAUUUGUCUAUUCCCAUAAUGCAUCUUUAUGAGAUAUUCGGAAAAUUUAUCAUCAAAAAGAAUGUUUGAAUUUUAAUGUUCAUAGCAUUUUAUUGUUAUUUUGGUUAUUUUUUUGUUAUUAGUGAAUAUUUUACCUCAGUGCGUUGGGGAUAGGUUAUUGGCAUAUGACAAGCAUGGCGUCAAUUAUAAGUAUAUCGUAAAUAUUACCUGUUUUUUCAAUAUCAUAAAUAACUAUGUAUAUAUCUGGAACCUCUUGAAGUAUUCCCGAUCAGAGCGUUUGCUAUCUAUUUAUCAAAUUCUCUGUAAACAUACCUAGUUGGACAGCGUCCAUUAAGCUAAAAGCUGGAUUGUUCUAAAUCAUACAUUAUGGCUAGCUAGCAAUAUAAUUGCACUGUGGGGUGUUUUGCUAAUAGUACAUUGAAUGUUUUCCUGAAAGUCUAGCUGCUUAAUUUGUAUAUAUACCCAUCUGUUCUAUAUGAACUGAACCGAAAAAAAAAAGACAGCUUUAUUUUUGUAUGGUAAAAACACCAAUAUAUUCGUCUUCAGCUAAUGGCAGAUUUUCUUAUAAUUCACCUCGUACCAAUGUGAUAUAUGCGACAUAUUUGUGCUGGAGGUGUCUACAUCUCCUGCACAUGUGCAGAGUAAAUGAAAAAUUGGGUUAGUGAAAUACCCGUCCAAACUUAAAUGCAUAAUCGGCUGCGGCUUAUAUUUUCUUCACCGUUAAUACACAUUCAAAUUGCCAAAUCCAAUUAUUUUUUUCCUGCGCACAAUAAUUUUUGCUGUUAAUUGGCCUUAAAAAUGAGGAAUUAUAAAAUAUUGGAUAUGACAUAAGCCUGACUAGUUAAGAACCGGAAGUGGUCGCUGUAUAAUUACAUUGUUUAUCAUUGUUAGUCGUCAUUUAUUUAUUUAUUUACUUCCUUAACAGUUCACAGUUAUCUCAUUGACACAUUCUAACUGUAAUUGUUGAUGUUAAUAUCUCCCCUGAAUUCUUUGACUCCAUUUUCGCCUCAUCCAUAAUUAUUAUUAUUUCUGUGUAUGAGGUUGUUGGAUUUCUCUGGCCCAGUUGCCUCCCUUGAUAUGACAGACAUAUCCUUGGACAUAACUAUACUGGACGCUUUUUCUUUUACCAUAGGAUUUAUUUCUAUAUGGCUAAUUUGUAUAUAUUGUACCAUAAAUUUGUAGUGAUAUAACUUUAUAAAACGGGCCAUUUUAACAAAUAUUCUAAAAAAAGGAAAAGAAAAGUUGAACUAUGGGCAAAUUGUUUUACAAUGACAAUCGGCUCGGAGCAAGUCGCGAUAUUGUGCUAACUCAUUAUUUUUGUGAUAAUUAAUGAUUGUCCUGAAAUUGCUGUCACUGCCGAAUAUUUUUAUUUGAUCUACAUAUUAAUGCUGUUAAGAUGGUCCAAAUAUAUCGGUCUACACAGUGUGUCAUGUAAUUGAGAAAUGCUUUAGGUGAUGUCAACAGUACCGUUCAAGUAGAUAAAAAAAAAAACACUAAAACACGUGCACUGCACGUUAUACUAAGGUAUCAUUGAUAUUUUAUGCAAUCUUGCUAUUUUUUUUUAUUUCUUAAGUGAAUCUAUUCGAUGAAUUUAAUAGGUUCGGUUCUGAGAUUGCUAAACUUUGAUAAAAUUCUACUAUGAUGGAAACGCGAUACUGGUGACAUAACGUCUUGAUCAAUAAAUUCUCGUGACAGGAGCCUUCCGCAUCCCGGGGCUUCUGUCACUGUUAAAGUGAAA